AUGGCAACCGACGACAACUUCCCCUGCUCGCUAACACUUCAAGUGCCCUUCCCUGAUGCCCGGUUAGCUUCUGUUGCUCUCCAAGCCUUGAGGGUAGACAAGGAGCUCUCCGGCCUCGUUAAGCGGGAGCUUUCGACCGUUGCGUCCCCUAGCAGCGAAGAUGCUGGGCAGACGGUCCUGCAAGUCGACUACAAGGCGACCACAAACCGCAUGCUGCGCGUCGCCGUGAACUCGUUCAUGGACAGCCUGGCGUUGGUGUUGGAGGUGCAGGAGGAGAUGGAUGUGGACCUCAUCGAGUCCGAGAAGGCCAACAACUGA